AUGGCUUCGAUUCACUGUGUCCCAUGCGAAGUGAUUCACAAAAUUUUUGAAUUCUCCAAUCCACUGGAAGUACCCAGGCUCCGACUUGUAUGCAAUGCGUUCAAUCGAAUAAUCAAGAGAAACUAUCCUUACUUGCCCCGCGUGCCCUAUAUUAUCCGGAUUUUUAUGGAAGAUGGUCAGAUUAUGAUUGCCCACAAGAAAUCUGGAAACGAGACGGAUUGCGCCAAGGACCUAUUCGAAUUCGAUUUUGAUAUCUGGAGGGAGAUUAGCAUUGUGCAAAUUGAAUUAGUAGACUUUGAUCUGAGUAAAAAUUCGAGAGCUUUGGAAGCUUUUCAACUCGUUUAUGACAAUUAUGUGAAGACAAGGCAGGCGUCAUUGAGACAACUGACCCUGAUCAAUACGGAUUUUAAAAACCAACAAUUAGGAGUGUUCGAACACUUUAUAAACGCUGCUCUAGAGACUUGUGAGAAAAUUGUAGUAGAGAAUUGUACAAUUCCUAUCAAUUUUGAUGAAUCGUAUAUCUCCAAAUCGAAAUUUGACCAUUUCCGCUGGAUCAACUCCUCCGCUCUGACUCCUCUUCCUAGCGAUCAAAUACUUCAAAAAAUAACAAUGGAAAUGAAGAAUAAUGUGAACAAGAGAACCUAUUUAACCGAGAUUGAUCAAGUUGCCGUGAAAAAUGUUUGCGAUUUUAUCGAGGAAUGGCUUCAACUUCCGGUCGCUUCCUUUUUCAAUUUUACUUUUAAUAAUUGCGACGAGUUCUGGAAAAGCAACUUUCUGCUCGAAUGCGAACGACGUAAAUUGACACAUUUCUACAUGGAAUUCCAAUCGAAAGCUCAUGCCAAUGCUCAUGUCAAAGUUAGCUUUUCCCAGAAUUCGAGAACAUGUUGCAUCUGGCCAGUUGUCGAUGUUCCAGCUCGAACCACUGGACAAUCUGUGUGCUACGCUCGUUAUUUCCGCGACUUCUAA